UUCCUCCUCUCAGGCGCACAAACUGCCACUUCAGUGGAAAUAUCAAAACAGAGCAUUCAGCACAUAGAAGCGACUUAUACGAAUCAGAAAAUUCGAAGACUUAAGGGCCAUCUCGCCGGGCCUGCAAGCAACACAGCUCCUCUAUCAUGGUUGACAACAUCGUCACAAAGCCUCUCAGGUUAAUUUUGAUCGUUGUAGCUCACAUGGUAUUCAACGUUCCCGGCCGUCUGGCGGUCACUGGGAUCGUGGGCACCAACAUCAGCCUUCAGUUCACAUUUAACGUCAGCCUCACAAAAAGCUCUUAUUUUGGAGUUUACGUAACAGACCAGAAAAAGAUUGCUGAGUAUAUACUGGGCAAAUACACAGAUGUAUUUGACAUUUACCCUGAAAAUAGUUCUGUAGUUUGGCACAUUAAAAACCUCAAACUAAAUGACAGUGGAAGUUACUGGGCCACCAUCAUAGAGUCAGGACUCGCCCAAGAAAGCAACAAGGUGCAGCUGAUGGUUCAAGAGGGGAACAAAAGCAGCACAGUCCCUCCCAUGCCGAAUAACAUCCCAGUAACUAACUACAAUGGAAUUUCCUCUCACAUCGUCACUGUCCUUGUGGUUUCACCCUUGGUGCUGCUGACUGCAUUACUUCCAUGUUUGAUCUGGUGUCUCGUGAGAAGCAAAGACAGACAACACCAACCGCCACCACAACAAAGCUCUAAUCCCACAGUUAAAGAAACGGUUGAGGCAUCUGAGAAUGUGCCGGCAACCUCGCUGGUCUACAGCGUCCUGGACUUUCCCAAGCGACCUCUGGAAGUUCUGGAGAUGAAUCCAAGUGACACAGACAACGCUGAAUCCUCCCAGCCUGUGUGCUCCUUGCAAUAAAAAGCACAAGAGUUUGGAGGGGAAGUGUCACUCUGCUGCAUGGGUUGUAAAUAUGUAUAGAUGUCACUUUGUUGUCAGUGGUGUCAAGGUUUGAAAUGCUGAGACUUGCUGCAGCACGCCAGAACCUUUUUAUCACUUUUGGUUUUUGUUUUCUCUUUAUUCGUUUCAGCACAUAAUGGUGAAAUUAUGUGCUGUUGUUAUAACAAAUGGCAUAAAAAGACUAAAUGAAUGGAUCCUACUAGCAAGUGUUUCCUGCUUAUCCAAAGUCGGACAUAUCUUAUUCCUCUGUGCCAUAGACCUCCAUUGCACACCAAUGAGCCACACUGUUACACUGGAGGACAUGCUCCCUCAUAAUGAUGGACAUGGGCUCUGCAGUUUAAUUUGAGUUGCAUAUUCGCCGUCCUGCUGCAGGCAAACAGACACCAUUAGUCUUUAAAGCUCACUGUCAUUUAUUUCCAAAAUGAAACUCAGUCCGUUUCUGCUUUGAUGUUCCUUUCUAGAUUAAAUCUGGACUCCACUGCUGAACCCUCCUGACAUGUCUGACUUUCUUAAUAAUAUUUUUAUCUUCAGUGAGUAGGUGUGAUGUCUUUACACGCUCCUGUUGAGUUUCAAGUUUAGUCAUUAUCAUCUUUUUUCUGUGUUUUUCAUCAUUGCACAGUUUUGACUCAUUGCCUUUCCUAUGAUAAAGUAAACAAAACUAAGAAUCAUUAGUGAAAUGAAACCGUCUCAGGAAAUGGUGAAAUUUUAUUUAUAGAGAUCCGUUACAGCUCAACAGUACUGUAUAUUCACAGAUCGCAGGCAUGACUUUCCACUUACUGUAGGGUGAUAGUUUGACACUGUUGCACCAGUUUGACACAAACAACAACUAUCUGACACUAUCUCACUGCCAUUUUCCUCUGCAAGGCCUCUGAAGUUCUCUUCUGGCAGGUGCUUACUGACGAUUUGAUAGAGUUAUUAGACAGAGUAUUGAUUUAUGUUCUCAAUACCACAUCCUGAUGUUACUAAUGUGUAUUAUUCAUGUAUUAGACAGAGUUAAACUCACCAGCAUAUCAGCAGGUUGGUUAUUCAGCCAGUUAUAUAUUGGUUGUUAAUCAGGAAGAAAAAUAACAAGCCAUGAUAGUACGUGAUGUGUGUGUGUUUUUUCAAUAGGCAGCCACGAUGGAACACGAUCAUUAACAGGGUGUGUGUUUCUUCUCUGUUCUGAAAACCUCAUUGGUAAAAUAGCAAAAGUCAAUUUUGAAAUCUACCAACUUACCAGUUGUCAUUUCAAAUACUACUGAACUGUUUUUUGAAAUGCAUGUAUUAUUUUGAAAUGAAUGUCA